UGUGUUUGUCUUAAUGCUGAUUCAUCAGAAUUACCCAGCAGUGUACUACUGUACAGCUCAUCUAAGAAAUGUAGUUGGUUAGAACCAUAAAAAUAUAUAGAUUAAUCAUAAUGGCAUAAAAUGCCAUUUCUAAUGGCAUUACUUUAAUGGCAUUACUUUAAAAUGCCAUUACUAAUGUAGGCCUACUAUUUAACAUGUUAAUACAAAAUUCUUACUACUUGUGUAAUUACAGCGUCACUACACUGGUAUAACAGCAACUUAAUAGAAAUUGUUACCAGUAUAAGGUGUCACCAACUAGUUUUAAAUUCACACCCUCUGCUACAAUUUCAAAUCCAUGCUCUGUAAGCGACUGACAUGAUGGGGCAUGAGUUUAGGAGGCCGAAGAUAGACAGCUAGCUCAGAGCUGCUGAUCUCACAUAUUUUACAUAAGCAACCUGUCUGGCCAUGGCGGUUCAAGUCUCUUCUCUGGAAGAGGGUUAGGGUCCAACAAAUGGCUUUGUUGGAUCAUAUCCUAUUGGCAUUUCAUUUGUUCUACCAAUCUAUUCCAUUCAUCCGUUCAUUCAGUGAAUGUAGGCAGGCCUAUUAGCUUGUUGGUUUUGUUUAUUAUCAGGGAUGGAAAGUGAAAGGGAUAGGCCAAGUUCACUCAAAUUACAAAUUCCCUUGUUGAGAGCUGUCCAAACUUUCAAUCUGAAGAGGCCUUGCAGACAUAUAAAUUGUACUUCCACAUACACUUUAUAUUAUUAUUAUGUUGUCUGUCAUAGUGGUGAUCUCUCUCACCCAGGCCCUAGCAUUCAAUUCGGCCUUGCGCCAGUUUGCAGUCAUAUAACACUCGCUAUUCAGUGCCAAUACCCCCUUAUUGAUGGCUGGUCAUGGCGCUUUUUCCUGAAGUCUGGGAUGCAGAGUCAGAGUUUUGGCCUAAGUUUCUAUGACACCAAUUACUAGGUUAUGUCCUAUUAUUGCCCAAGUUAUUUCUAUCAUCAGUUAUGAGCACAUUUUGAUUUUGACACACCUGUAUUCUGUCUAAUAAAUUAGCGUAACUGAUUUGAAACAGAAUUUUGGUCUGUGGGAUGUGGGAUGUGGCGGUAGGUGCUGUUUGGAAACAGGUAGCUGAAUCAUGAAAAAAACUGGACAUUAUAGGCUAGGCCUACUUCUCUUCUGUAGAUAGGUGUCAAUGGUUGUACAAAGCAAUAAAAUACGUAGGAAGAACCCCAAGGCUUGUGGAUGAUAAAAGUUAUGCCUUUAUUAGAUUACUUAGCAUCAGGACAAGAUGAAAAAGCUUUGCAGGCAGCUAGAGAAGCCUUAGUUUGUCUGUGUCACUUACCUUUCAUUUAAAUGUAAUCAUUAUUUUAUCUAGCUACCUCAGUUAUAGCUAAGUAAUUACAUUCUGCUUACUAAAGUAGUCUGUAAUUGAUUUACAGAAGGGCAACUUAAUAUAUUUUAGCUUACUGGUUCUAUAAAUACUUGCCAUCAUCCACCCAUGAUUACCCAGAAGGCAGAAUGAUGCAAUGAUUGUCUAACCAACCAACCACAGCACGGUGUAUUCAAUUUCUCAAUGUCUGGAGCUGGUCCAAAUCUGUCUGAAACCUGAGAAGCAGGAAUGCUGUAUUUUCUAAAGCAGGUAACUGAACACCCCUGCUAGUUUGUUUGUGUGCAGGAAGAACAGGGAGUGCGGUGCAGAACGAUGGCAAUGUUCCAGAAAAUGUCACUCAGCCUCUACGAGCUGGAAUCUGUGCUGUAAAAUGUAAAACAAACCAGGGUCUUGCAUCAUCUAUCAAAAGUGAAUGGGAAAACCCAAAGAACAGAGAUUGAGAAAUAGCUCCAUAACAUGGCUGUAGCCGGAUGUCCAGAUUAUUUUCUACACCAUCCAAAUUAUCAGCAGGACAAUGUAGACCGAGCCUCCAAUCACAGACCAGCAGAUCUAAUUGGGCCGAGUUUCCAGAAGUCAACCAAUCGGAACUCUCCUAACCAUCAAGAAGAUGAUGUGGACCUGGAGGCGCUGGUGAAUGACAUGAACUCCUCGUUCGAGAGCCUGUACUCCACAUGCAGCAGCGUGCAGUCUGAGUCAGUUCCCCUCCUGCACCGCAGCGCCCCCAUGCCUCCCCACAACCACACCUCCAACAGCGAGCUGCAGCACAGCACCACCUCCCCCAAACAGAGACUCCGACGCUCCCAGCCCAUGCACAUCCUCGCCGUCAGGAGACUGCAGGAAGAGGAGCAGCAGCUCCGGACGUCCUCUCUGCCAGCCAUCCCCAACCCCUUUCCCGAGCUCUCCGGCUCUCCUGUCCUCAGCCCUGGGUCCUUACCUCCGUGUCAGCCCUCAGGCACAUACAUUAUAAAAAUUUUCAGCGAGGACGGCAUGGGGAAAGUAGUGGAAAUACCAGCCGACAUGACUGCAAGAGAUCUUUGCCAGCUCCUCGUGUACAAAAGCCAUUGUGUGGAUGACAACAGUUGGGCACUUGUUGAGCAUCACCCUCUCCUCGGACUAGAGAGGUGCUUGGAGGACCAUGAGCUGGUGGUACAAGUGCAGGCAUCCAUGACCAGCGAGGGAAGAUUUCUGUUCAGGAAGAACUAUGCCAAAUAUGAAUUCUUCAGAAAUCCCUUGAAUUUCUUUCCCGAGCAUAUGGUUGCAUGGUGCCAGGAAACAAAUGGUGCAAUCCCACCAUCUCAACUUUUACAGAAUUUCUUGAACUCCAGCAGUUGUCCUGAGAUCCAGGGCUUUUUAUACGUGAAAGAGAUGGGCAGGAAAUCCUGGAAGAAGCUGUACGUGUUCCUUAGACGCUCAGGGCUUUACUUUUCUACAAAAGGAACGUCAAAGGAGCCCAGGCAUUUACAGUUACUAGCAGACCUGGAGGACAGCAAUGUCUUCACAGUAACAACAGGCAAGAAGCUACACAGUGCGCCGACAGACUACGAGUUCUGUAUAAAGCCCAACAAGAGGACUGAGCUGAAAGAGUUGAGGAUGUUGUGUACUGAAGACGAACAGAGCAGAACGUCCUGGAUGACAGCCUUCAGACUCUUCAAGUAUGGAAUAGUCCUCUAUCAGAACUACAAGAUUCCUCAGCAGAGAAAAACUCUGUCACACUUUUCAACACCAGUGCGGAGUGUGUCUGAGAAUUCUCUGGUUGCCAUGGAUUUCUCAGGAAGGAUAGGCAGGGUGAUCGACAAUCCCUUGGAGGCCCAGAGCGCUGCCAUGGAGGAGGGUUAUGCCUGGAGGAAGAGAAGUCAACGGAUGAACAUUCUAGGUAGUCCCAGUCCACUACAUCCCUGUUUAUUAAGCUCAGUUAUUCACAGAACACAGCUGUGGUUCCAUGGGCGGAUAACGCGAGAAGAGUCCCAUCGAAUGAUCCACCAACAAGGCCAGGUGGACGGGUUGUUUCUGUUGAGGGACAGUCAAAGCAACCCAAAGGCCUUUGUCCUCACACUGUGCCAUCACCAGAAAAUCAAGCAUUUCCAGAUCUUACCGUGUGAAGAGGACGGCCAGAUCUUCUUCAGCCUUGACGACGGGUCCACCAAAUUCACCGACCUGAUCCAGCUGGUGGAGUUCUACCAGCUCAACAGAGGAGUCCUGCCUUGUAAACUCAAGCACCCCUGCACCCUCGUAGCCUUAUGACCCCUCCUGACCUAUGACUUGACCGGACUCUGCCUAAAAACAAACUCAAUACUUUUUUUUUAGGAGAAGCUGAAGUGAUGAACUCAUGUUGUUGUUGAUGUGUCAUGAGCUGCCAGAGACUGCGGAUGGGACAGGAUGGAGUGGUUGGUGGGUUAGGACGGACGCUAGUGGACUUCAGUGACCUCUGUGUUCCGGAAGGAAGAAGGAGAUAAAGAAGCAAAAAUAAAAGCAAAAAGAUGCACCACGUUGUAUUAACUCUUAAAAAAACAAAAAAAACAUUUAAGUUUGUAUUCAUAGUCACCAAUAAGCUCUGAUCCACUGACACGGUUUAGUGACAGUUUAUGAGAUCAAAGGAGUUUUUAUUUUCCUUGUACAAUCAUCAGGACUUUGUUUAGUCUGGGCCACUUUUUUACAUAAUGAAAGUAUUUUUUUGUUACAAAUCAUCUAUACUACAACCUUUUUUUGAAAAGCUGAUUGUUUGGCGCUUGUGAAACUGGGAACAGGCCUUUCCACAGUGACUGAAGAAGAAUUCCUCUACUGUCUCAUUCUUCCUGUUACCAACAAUGGCAAAUCCCUCCUGUGUUGGAGGGAUGGAUGGACAAUCUGAUAUUCGUAAAAAGAACAUCACGAGGCCAGCUGUCUCUGUCAAGCUGUAGGAAAGGAAAGGCUGGACCUGGUAACUUAGGAUGGAGCUGAAGGAUACUCAAGGACUACACAGGAUCCAUUCAUUCCACUCUCAUAGGACUUUUCUUCAUUUCUUUCUUUCUUUGGUGACCUCACAGGCUUUUGUAUUCAUGACAUUUUAGUACUGCAUCAUCAAAUGUGUUCUUAGUCCGUUUUAGUUUCUUAUCAGUGGUCUGGAGCGUAUAGAUUUCUAACAGUCACACAACAACAACUAAAUCACUACAUCCAGUUCAGUGUUAAAUCAAUCCAUCAUUAGCUCCACCAUUCGCUGUUCCACAUGAACUUCCCCCCCCAAAUAUAAACUACUACAGGUAUUCAUUCACUCCCCGUCUCAUCCACUCAUUUAAGUCCACGUAGUAGAUAGCUGUUGAGGUCCACGCUGCUAGCCUAGUUCUAUACCGUGUGCUAUAACCAACCCUUCUAUUGUUGGCUACAGUACGUAUUCAGAAUGGCACUAGGCUACCAUGCUGCUCUUCAGGUCAUAACAAGCAACAUAACAGCUCUGCUAUUGGGUCUCUCUUGGUGUCCACGCAAUAAUAAUCUAUAUGUAAAACAUUGGAAAGCAUAUGGCCAUCUUGUGGACUGUAAUUCCAUGUUGUAAGCUCUCUGAAGACAUGGUUAUGAUCAUAUGACUAAAAUCUAACAGGCCACUGGGGCGGGAGGUUGCAACACUUUUCUUUUAAACCCACCUGUUUGCAUUCCCUCCGUCAGAACACAGGGAAAUAUAACCACUACACCAACCUCUUGUGAUCCACUAGAGGGAUCUGACUAGCUCAGAGUUGACGUGUACAGUCCAAGGUUGACGUGUACAGUCCAAGGUCGGUCUGUCUGUUGUGCUGUCUGUAGAAUGCAACUGGAAUCAAUCGACUCAUCUGCUGUGAGGACCCAUCUUCUUAAUCCAAGGGUGCAUCCCAAAUGGCACUGUAUUCCCUACAUAGUGCAUUACCUUACUUUUGACUAGGGCCCAUAAGGCUUUGGUCAAAAGUAGUGCACUAUAUUGGGAAUAUGGUGCCAUUUGGGAUUCACCCCAAGUCCAUUCAUUUUGGACUUGUUGCUUUUCUUUUCCAUGAUGUGAUUGAAUGAUUGUUUUUCGAACAGACACUGUGAAGCCCUAGUAAUGGAUGAUGCCCUGAAGUGGAAGGGUUUUUACUGUCCAGCCUUGUCCAAGGUUGCAGUGAACACACAGAUUUGUAAAGAUGCUUUUACCUGUAACGCAACAUUAAGAAAGAGCCAUCUUUUUAUUUUAUUUAUGGUGUCUUAAGCUAGAUAGAUUCAGAUACACAAUAUUAGCCACACUAUCUACAAGUUCUGCACAAUGACAUUUCAAAAAAUAAGAUGCAAUGACUCAAUCAUUUCAAGUAUUGUUUCGCAAAUGUAUUUAUUUACCUGGAUGUGAGUGAUUACUUGAAAUGUAGCUCUUUUCUCAGCGCUGUUCGGUACUGUUUUAUCAUUACCAUGGAAUGAUUGAACCGCGUAAUUAUUACAUAGCAUCUAUUACAUAGCUUAUAUUUCAUUUCUUGCUUUUUAUGUUUGAACACUCAAACUAUUUUAUCACCAACACUUACUAUGAAGUAACGUUGAAACCAAGUGGUGUUCGCUAAUGUCAUGGUUUUCAUUCCAAAUUGGUCUCUAAUAGUCACUAAUAUUUCAGUCACUGUGCGUUUCACAUCGAUAUUCAGUUUAAUGCCUUUCUCACACAUUCUUCUACAUUUAGGAAAUCUUUUCACAUGAACCCCUCAAGAAUAUUUCAAACACACAGGUUGAAUUAGAUUACAUAUAUUUUUUACAUAUUUAAACAUUUGACAUCUUAAGUGUGACGUUCACUGAUAAUGUCAAUCAAAUUAAUUUAAUAUCUAGAUAUUUAAUUCAUGAGUUGAUUUUCAAAUACACACUGUUUCUUGAGCUGUCAGUUCAGUUGCUCUGUCCCUUUCAUUACAGUUGUCUUCCAUUUUACAGAACUUUCACUCCUUUUAAACUUUGCGUUAAUCAGAACUUUGUUUCUUGUGUCAGAAGUGAAGCUAUACCUUUACAAUACUUGAGCCACAAUUGCAAAAGACGAUUUGGUGUAUAGUACGUUAAAUAGCCAAGUCUUUUCCACAACUGUGUGCUAUGCGUAUUAUCCAAUUAGAAAGGCUUGGAUGUGAUGGUACCACUAGAUGCCCGUUGCAGUCCCUUUUUCCAUAGAAUUUUGAGAGUAACUUCAGAGCUACACUUCACUGUUUAUUGGGUGUGACCAGAACCAUGAAUAUAUAAUAUAUGUUAAUGUGUGGCUCUGGGUGUGGUAUCAUUAUGACUAUACAAUGAGCAGGUUAGGUGCCAAAGCUGCUUACUUCUCCUUUGCUAAAUUCGGUCAAAACGUCGGACAAUAUAUCUUCCCAUUGGUCAUAAUGAUUUCAGUAGAAAUCAGUUAGGAUUGCCUCCUCCGAUGGUAAUCUUAGCUGUACAAUGUUAUCUGCAACUCAUGUAAAAGUUGUGUACUGAAUCAAUGUACCAUAUUAUCAUAUGAAACCAUGUAGAAGCAACACUGUAUUUAGGUUACAGAUCACUAUUAUUACCGCAUUGGCUUACUCUUAACUACUUAUGAAAUGAAGAAACUUGAUUUAUUUUUAUAAUUUGGUUUAAUGUGCAUAUCGAGUUUAUUUCUUAAAUGUUUGUCAUGUAAAAACCUCUUCACAAAUGUCUGUAAUAUUGAAAUGUUGCUUGUAUGGAACUAGAGUUGGCUUGGGCAUACAGUAUACAUCUUUUCAUAGUUCCUGCAAGUCAUCUUAAGCUACUCAGACAUCACUGACUUCUCAACACUAACUGUUUAGGCCUGUUAGAUACAGAUAGAUGGUGUUUUUUGUAUUCAGAGGUGACUUCUCUCACAUAGUGUCUUGCUAUGAACUAGUAGAAUGUUACUUGUGACAUUGAAUCACGUGCAAAGUAGUGAACUGAUGAAAGUGAAUUAAGUAAAUGUACUUUUUUAUAUUUCAGAGAAUUGAAUGUAACUGGGUUGCUCAGGGUUGACAUGGAGCCUGUUGAAAACUGCUCAUAUCAUCAGACCAGUGAGAUUUUGUAUGUGCGACGUUGUGUAGUUCUGUUGAUCAACUUGGGGUUAAUAGUAUUUCACCAAAUAAUUUUUUCUUUAGUAAGUAGUUUGCCCUUUAUGAUGUUCUUUCAGAAUACCAGUAGUUUCUCCCAAACAGUAGUACAGCACAGUUGAUGUAAGGUGUCCUCUUUUCUCUUGUGUAAGUCUGUUUGUCUCCAGAAGCCUAAAACGCAGCAGGUGCCUCUGAUGACCUUUUUCUCUGCACUAAACUAGAGCUGACUUUGGACCGUUCAUGGGAACCUUUUCCACUGAUCGAUAAUGACUCUUGUGCUUUGCAUAUAUUGUCACAAUGCAAGAUACAGUGACUGUACAAAGGAGUAAAGCAAAUAUAUAUAGAUCUAUAUAAAUAUAAACGAUGAUGUAUUUCAGGGAAUGCAAAAAACAAGAACCUGUUUCUCUUUUUAAGAGAAAGAUCCUGUAUUCAUACUGUGCUUUGCUUUGAUCUGUAAAUAGCUGAAUGGCUUAUAUCACAGGUGUCAAACUCAUUCCACGGAGGGCCGAGUGUCUGCGGGUUUUCGCUCCACCCUUGUACUUGAUUGAUGAAUUAACAUCACUAAUUAGUUAGGAACUCCCCACACCUGGUUGUCUAGGGCUUUAUUGAAAGGAAAGACCAAAAACCUGCAGACACAAGGCCCUCCGUGGAAUGAGUUUGACACCCCUGGCUUAUAUCUUAAUUGUAACCUUUUCAGGUAUUUUUGUACAAAUAAGGGACUGAUAUGUUCUGUUUAUUGUAAUUAGAAUAAAACAUUAAUACAUUGUUAUUAAUUUAA